CGACCUGAAACGCGCAUGUCGGUUACUGGCAGCGGCGCUGGGCCGCUAAGCACACCGUCGGGCGCCAACGGCCGCCCCUCGAGCUGGGCGUGGGGCGGGGCCGCGCGGUGCCGGCCGCUGCCAGGCGCUGAACGGCAGUGCAGCGCGUCGCUGCGUCCCGUCUCGCUUCAUAGCCUCGCCAUGGCGGCCGGUAGUGAGGAAGCGCCCGAGCGGCUUUACGAGCUGGUGGUGUUCGGGGCCAGCGGCUUCACCGGGCAGUUCGUGGUGGAGGAGGUGGCGCGGACGGCGAGCGGCGGAGAGCUGCGCGGCCCCCUGCGCUGGGCCGUGGCCGGGCGCAACCGGAACAAGCUGCAGGAGGUGCUGGAGCGGGCGGCCGAGCGGCUCGGGAAAGCGGCGCUGGGUCCGGAGGUCGGCGUGCUGCUGUGCGAUGUGGGCGACCCGGCGUCGCUGGCCGCUAUGGCGAAGCAGACCCGGGUAGUGCUCAACUGCGUGGGCCCGUAUAGAUUUUUCGGAGAGCCUGUAGUGAAAGCUUGUGUGGAAAAUGGUGCAAGCUGCAUUGACAUCAGUGGAGAGCCCCAGUUUCUGGAAGGAAUGUACCUGAAAUACAAUGAACAAGCUGCAGAGAAGAAAGCGUAUAUCAUUGGAAGCUGUGGCUUUGACUCCAUACCAGCUGAUAUGGGAGUGCUGUACACCAGAGACAAGUUGAAAGGUACCUUAACUGCUGUUGAAAGUUUCCUGUCAGUAGAAUCUGGACCUGAGGGUUCUUGCAUACAUGAUGGGACCUGGAAGUCAGCUGUUUACGGCCUGGCAGAUCAAAACAACCUGAAGGCACUUCGAAAGAAGAUUGGAUAUUCCCCUGUGCCAGUAGUUGGUGCGAAACUUAAAAGAAGAGGACUUGUGUUUUACAGUCAGGAGUUCAAACAAUACUCAAUUCCAUUCAUGGGAUCUGAUGUUUCUGUUGUGAAACGGUCGCAGCGCUAUUUGCAUUCACAGUUGCAGGAAACACCCGUACAGUACAGUGCUUAUGUGACUGUAGGUGGUCUUGGCUCUGUUAUGAAGCUGAUGUUUGCUGGCAUUUUAUUUCUUCUUCUUGUGAAAUUUAGCUUUGGAAGAAAACUCCUGACAAAAUACCCAGAAUUUUUCUCUGCUGGACGCUUCACAAAGAAAGGACCAACCCAGAAACAGAUGGAUGGAACCUCCUUCACCAUGACAUUUUUUGGUGAGGGUUACAGUGAGGGGCAAGAUCCGCAGAAUGGCAAACCAAAUGUAAAGAUCUGCACUCAAGUGAAGGGACCAGAGCCUGGCUAUGUUGCUACACCAAUUGCAAUGGUUCAAGCAGCUGUUGCUCUUCUGGAAGAUUCGGCUCAUCUGCCUAAAGAAGGUGGUGUGUAUUCUCCAGGAGCUGCCUUCUCUAAAACGAAACUGAUUGAUCGCCUCAGCAAACGUGGUGUUGAGUUCUCUGUUAUUAGCCAGCCAGAAGUCUGAGAUCAAACAGCCGUGUGACCUAACAUCUUACCUGCACCUCAUUCCAAUAAAGCUCAUUGGGCUGUAAAAGCCUCCUCAUAAAAUAGUUGCAUUGUGCUGUUGUUUACAGCAGAAACAGGUGAAAAUUGAGUUUAAAAUUGUGACGUGAGAAAACACACAAAGGAUACUGACUUAAUUCACGAACAUAUCAAAUCAGUGAUUUAUUAGGUACUAGAACUUUGUUUAAUGUCUUUCACCUUAAGUUGCAGAACAGCAGCCUCAGUUACUGCUUAAUUCAUUCUGCUUCACAAUUAACCACAGUCUUCUCGCCCCAACUAUUUAAAGCAGGCAGGCCCUGGCUAUCAAGUGCCUUAGCAGAGGAAACUGCUAGUUACUCCUCAUGUCUGUUUGGGAUAGGCACUAUUAGUUUGUGGUGUUACUACUUUGAAAGCCUUACUACCCAUAGUCAAAUAAAAGUAGCUUUUCUCCUCAGGUUUGAGGAAUAGAAUUGUCUUUUUGCUGUAUUAUUCUAAAGAUCUGUACUGGUGUCUUAAGGUUUGUUGACUUUUCAGCCUUACUAGCUUGCUGUACUAAAAAACAGAAAGCACAAAGUUUGUCAGUGUAGUGAGCUGAAGAGCAAUUACAAUUUCAACUGACAAGUCAUUCUAGAAGAACGUGUGCAGUAUGCAAGACAGCAUCAAGAAAGAUGUAUUUACAGUAUGACUAUUUCUAGUAGUGGCCUUGUCAGUAUAGUAACUGAGAAAUUAAAUUACUUACUCAAAUUACUUAAAUUGCUGGAACAACUUUCCACAUUUGUUUGUAAAUAUUAAAUUACCAUUCAUGAGUCUACAUCUGAUUCUUUGUGGUUGAAUGAUAAUACAUCUAGCAAAAUAUUUUUUUUCUAGUCUAUGUACAUUUAAUAAUAUAUAACAGCAUUUUUUUCCCCAGUGAUACAACAUGUUGAGAUCAGAGCACUGUUGCAGAUGAAGUAUUUCAGAAAUCUUACAAGUUUUAGUCUUAGGCUGAAACAGAUUUGUAACGAGUGACAUCAUAAGCAAACAAGCUGCCUUGACUAUGCUGUACAUAGAAUGCUUGAGACAGAUCUUAAAGACAAACUGAAAACUCACGUGCACUUCAACGUAUUCCUAGAAAGGGAUCCUCAAGGUUUGCUGUAUGCUGUGUAUUCUCGCUUCUUCUUAACUAUAAGAGCAACAUCGCUUUUCAGCUUAUAAACUGCAGACUCAAGUUGUUGGCCAAAAUCACUUAUCAUUUGUGACUGUGUCUCUGUAAAAAGACGUAGUACCUGCAAAUUCUCUUCCUGCUAAAACAUAAUAAAAGAAAUUAGUUGGCUCAA